AUGGCCGACGAAGAGGGAACGGAGGAGAUUAGCAAGGAAAUCGAGGCUACGGGUACGGAGAGGGUAGAAACGGCCCCCUUGGGCCACCAAAGGGAUUCGGCAACGGACCCCCAAGGGACCCCGGAUCCGGAAAUGAGCCUCCUAAGGACCCUAAAAAGAGACGAUUUCCUUGAGCUAAGAGCAAUAGACCUUCACCUAAAAGCGAAAGAAUUGGCCUUGUUCGCGCGAAGCUUUCCUAAAGAGCUAAAGUACUCAAGACUCGACGAUGACUUUAAAACUCAAUUAAGGAUUUUUGCUAACCAAGCAAGUCGAUACGGUUUAACCUCCGACGACUACUUGGCGGCGUUCCUAAUUAUACUUACGAAGAAAGCUAUAACUUUCUAUUACAAUCAUAUGAUCAAAGCCAAGCUUCUUACGUUUAAAGCAAACGCUAUUGCGGAAAUUUCGCUAGAUUUGGUCAAGAAAAAGAAUCUAAGAACCUCGCUUAGCGAGUGCUUUGAAAAGCUCGCUAAGGAGCUCAAAGGCAUUCAAAGCUCUUUACGACCAAGUUUAAAGGAUAAUCGAAGUCUUGCUAACAAGCUAUAUUCAGCUUAUAAAAACGUACUAAAGAUUACGAUUGCACGAAUGAAUCCUGCUUUUACUUUUACCGCGGCAAUUGCUGAUAUUCGUCGAGCAAUUGCUUUUGCAACUAAGACCUCUCGACCUCCCGCCAAGGCGAGUAGAGCUUACGCGAGCUCUAGCGAGCUACACGAUCACAUCUGCUCUUAG